GUUUACGCUUUGGAUUUUCUCCGCCAAUCCCUUUUAUUUCCUCGCAUUCCUCGCUCGAAUGCGCACGCUCAACUCAAGGCCUGCGCUGUCGUCAGACUGCAAAGGCGCCUAUUUGCGUUUCGCCGCUAAAAACUCGCCAGUUCUGUGUGUAUGUACUCCAGGCUACGCGACAGCUGCUUAGCUGUCGCGCUCACUAGGUUGUCAGAUAAAAAGGGAACUCUGCUUCUUCCCGAGUGUGUCGUGAACUCCGUGCUGGCCGCCGCCUUUUUGUUGCCGUUUUUGCUGGCUUUCCUUCUCUCGCUUGAGCGGGAGAGUCUGUGUUCUCUUGCUGCUCGCUGCGGCCAGCCGUGGAGUUGGGUUGAAUUCUCCGAGCUUUUAACCCUCACCUGUCGAGAUACUGCUCGUGUGCUCGACGUUUGCUUUUUCCUCGCUGGACGAAAUCAGCGAAGACUCCCAUCAACGCGAGCGUUUUUCAGACGCUCUGUCCUCUUUUUUGAUCUCUGCCCGCCCUUUGCAGCUCGUUACCGGCCGGCAAAUAACCACAUAGCCGUUUCGUUGCCUUCGCGCUGAGAAGCGACUUCCCGCUGGCUCCCUGCUUUUCGCGCGACAACUCUUUCGUUAGCGCAGCCCGUCGAAUUUUAACGGACUUCUCCUUCCGUCAGCCUUCCCGCCUGUGUCCUGGCACAUCUGUCCGUUCGCUUUUCGUGCUCACGACACCCCGCGUCACCAGGCUCGUUCAAAUCUGGAACUUCGUUCUAUUACUCUGGCUUUCUCUCUAGCCGGAAGAAACCAGGAUCCUCGAGCGGUCUUUUCCGUUCCUCCCUUCAGAAAAACGGGCGUUCGUUGUCUCGACUUGAGCGACAAGGUCCAGCCGUGCCAGGUCAGCCGACUCCGCUUCUACCUUGCGCGUUCCAUAUCCCUUCCAGAAGCCCUUUUUGUCUCUAAAGGUUACCCCCGUUAAACUCUCCUCCAGCCCCAUCGCUGGGCGAUCAAGUGCCUGGAAAUACCACUAUCGUUCCACCGCAUUGAAAGAGUCACCUCACGAAAACGCGCGCACCGGACCGAGAAGGCGACUGGCUUAUGGACUAGUCUCUCCACCACUACUCUGAACUGUCUUCCACCUGCCCGGAGUCACGCCUGAGUUUGAGAGUUUCGAAAGCCGUCGGUAAUGGACUCUCUCGCCACCUGCGCAACAUCAAUUUCGUGGGAACGCGGGCGUCACACAGACAUGUGCUCCGGCGCGACGGCGGGAUCGAGUUGAAGUCGCCCGUCGGUUUCGAGUUUCCCCUGUCGUUCGGUGGAAAACCAUCUGCCGGGGCCUAAGGUUUCCGAUCGCUACAAAUCGACGCCUCUCUCUCUGUAUAGAUCGGGACGAUCUGAAGCCUGGAUUUGACUAGAAAACGCCUCUCGACCAGCGCACGCCAAAGUCACCAUGGGGUGCGUCCACUCCAAGAAUCCCCACUCCAAGCAUGCAGGCGCAGCUGGAGAAAAACCCGACGCCAGCCUCGAAAAGGGGGGCCAGAGCAAGGGGAGCGCGCCGUCGUCGGGGACCGGCGACAGCGGAAAAGGAACUGGGUCUCCCGACACCAAGAGAGACUCCAUGCCCAUGACUCCAGGCAUGUACAUCACGCAGCAGAAGGCCCAUUUGUCUGACCGCUACCAGCGCGUGAAGAAGCUCGGAAGCGGUGCUUACGGCGAGGUGCUGCUGUGCAAGGACAAACUGACAGGCGCAGAGCGAGCAAUCAAAAUCAUCAAAAAGUCUUCUGUCACGACCACGAGCAACAGCGGGGCUCUCCUCGACGAAGUCGCCGUGCUGAAACAGCUCGACCACCCGAACAUCAUGAAGCUCUACGAGUUCUUCGAGGACAAGCGCAACUACUACCUUGUCAUGGAGGUGUACCGAGGAGGCGAGUUGUUUGACGAAAUCAUUCUUCGUCAGAAGUUCAGCGAAGUGGACGCCGCUGUCAUCAUGAAACAGGUGCUCUCUGGCACCACUUACCUGCACAAACACAACAUUGUGCAUCGCGACCUGAAGCCCGAAAACCUUCUUCUCGAGUCGAAGAGCCGGGACGCUCUUAUCAAGAUCGUCGACUUUGGUCUCUCUGCGCACUUUGAAGUCGGCGGAAAGAUGAAGGAGCGCCUUGGCACAGCCUACUACAUUGCCCCAGAAGUUCUGAGAAAGAAGUACGACGAAAAAUGCGAUGUCUGGUCUUGCGGCGUUAUCCUCUACAUUCUCCUUUGCGGCUACCCGCCCUUCGGAGGUCAAACCGACCAGGAGAUCCUCAAGAGGGUCGAGAAAGGAAAGUUUUCCUUCGACCCGCCUGACUGGACUCAAGUGUCGGACGAGGCGAAGCAGCUGGUCAAGCUGAUGCUGACCUACGAGCCUUCGAAGAGAAUUUCUGCUGAGGAGGCGCUGAAUCAUCCGUGGAUCGUCAAGUUCUGCUCCCAGAAACACACCGACGUCGGCAAACACGCUCUCACGGGCGCCCUGGGCAACAUGAAGAAAUUCCAGUCCUCACAGAAGCUGGCGCAAGCGGCCAUGCUGUUUAUGGGGAGCAAGCUGACGACUCUGGAGGAGACGAAGGAGCUGACUCAGAUCUUUCGUCAACUUGACAACAACGGGGACGGCCAACUGGAUCGCAAGGAACUAAUUGAAGGUUACAGAAAGCUCAUGCAGUGGAAGGGCGACACCGUAUCUGACUUGGACAGCAGCCAGAUAGAGGCAGAGGUGGAUCACAUUCUCCAAUCUGUCGACUUUGACAGAAAUGGAUACAUUGAGUACUCUGAAUUUGUGACUGUGUGCAUGGACAAGCAGCUUCUGCUGUCGCGCGAGCGACUUCUUGCUGCCUUCCAACAGUUCGACAGCGACGGCUCAGGAAAAAUCACGAAUGAGGAACUCGGCAGACUCUUUGGUGUGACGGAAGUCGACGACGAAACGUGGCACCAGGUUCUGCAAGAGUGCGACAAGAACAACGAUGGAGAGGUCGACUUUGAGGAGUUUGUGGAAAUGAUGCAGAAGAUCUGCGACGUCAAAGUGAAGCACUGAGUCCGUUCGAAGCGUCUUGUGUGUGUUUUGUACGCGCCACGUAACAUGACCGACCCCCUUUGUUCAGUGGCCCCUCCGCCUCUGGCGUCUUCCUCCGCCUCUCGGCGAUUCUGAUUCUCAGUUUCGUCAGUCAUCCAUGCUCCCGAGUCCAUCCUAUGCAUGCCCGAACUCUGUGUUUCAGUACAUACGUACGUUUCAAGUGUAGUCGCGCAGGUGGGGCCUUGAAGGCUUGGCAGGAUUUUGUACGCAGAGACUCCUGUAUACGGGUUAUGUUCGCGCCCCCUCUUCGAAGAAGCGGUUCAGUCAGCAAACGCGACACACCUGGUGAAAUCGGUCCUGUUAACUGUUGCCCUGCUGGUCUCAGCCAUUCACCGUUUUGUGGGGUGACGUUAAACGCAGCCGCUGUGUCUCAGGCCUGACUGGCGUACAAAAAUGUCGCCAGCUUCGGGUGCAGACUCGACAAAAAACACGGAAAACGCGACGGUUUCUGUAAACAGCAAGACACCAGAGAAUUAAACACGUCAUCAGUAGC